CAGCAACACCCAGCGAAGACCCAGGUGGUCCGCACCUCCUCGGUAGGAGGCCUCCGCGACCAAGCGCGCGACAGGUGAAGCUUCCGCGGUGGCGCGCCCGUCGCUGGGGAUGGCGUCGCCGUGGAGACGCUCGCUCGGGGGCGAACGCAAGCCGGCCUCCUACUCCUGCAUGUUUUCCCUCCCUUCUUCCCGCACCACCGCGGCUUCGGCGCUAGCAGCCACAUCAUAGAGACCCAGUUCCACCAGCUCCUACCGAGCUACACAACUCCAGCCGGGUGGCAACAGACCACACCGAGGCGCGGAGCUGCAUCGCGGUCUGUCCCGCGAGCGCGCGCGGCCGGAGUUCCCGCCUCCCUCCGGAGGACGUCGGUGCGUACGUGCGCGUGCCCACCCCUCCCGCCCCGCGACGCGAGGGCGGGGGCGCCGCGUGCGCGCGCGCUCUCGUGCGUUCGCUCGCUCGCUCGCUCGCUACUUCGCUCGCUCUCGGCGGCCGCUCUUGCUGUGGCUGCGGCUGAGGCUGGGGGCGGCGGCGGCGGCGCGAGCGGCGGGCGGCGCGGGGCGGUCCGGCGGGUUCAAAGAGGAAAACAUGGCGGAAAACAAAGGCGGCGGUGAGGCAGAGAGUGGCGGCGGGGGCAGCGGUAGCGCGCCGGUAACCGCCGGGGCCGCCGGGCCCACGGCGCAGGAGGCGGAGCCGCCUCUCGCCGCGGUGCUGGUGGAGGAGGAGGAGGAGGAAGGCGGCAGGGCUGGCGCGGAGGGCGGUGCGGCUGGGCCCGACGACGGGGGGGUGGCCGCGGCCUCCUCAAGCUCGGCCCCGGCCGCCUCGGUCCCCGCGGCCUCAGUGGGCUCCGCGGUCCCCGGAGGCGCGGCAUCGACGCCGGCUCCAGCUGCUGCCCCAGCCCCGGCCCCGGCCCCGGCCCCGGCCCCGGCCCCCGCUCCCGCCCCGGCUCCUGGUUCCUCGUCGGGGCCACCUCUCGGACCACCAGCCUCGCUUCUGGACACCUGCGCGGUGUGUCAGCAGAGCUUGCAGAGCCGGCGCGAGGCGGAGCCCAAGCUGCUCCCCUGCCUGCACUCCUUCUGCCUGCGCUGUCUGCCGGAGCCGGAGCGCCAGCUCAGCGUGCCCAUCCCUGGGGGCAGCAACGGUGACGUCCAGCAAGUUGGUGUAAUACGGUGUCCAGUAUGUCGUCAAGAAUGUAGACAGAUAGAUCUUGUGGAUAAUUAUUUUGUGAAAGACACAUCUGAAGCUCCUAGCAGCUCUGAUGAGAAAUCAGAACAGGUAUGUACUAGUUGUGAAGAUAAUGCAAGUGCAGUUGGUUUUUGUGUAGAAUGUGGAGAGUGGCUGUGUAAGACAUGCAUUGAAGCACAUCAAAGAGUAAAAUUCACUAAAGACCACCUGAUCAGGAAAAAAGAAGAUGUCUCAGAGUCUGUUGGAACAUCUGGUCAGCGCCCAGUGUUUUGUCCUGUACAUAAACAAGAGCAGUUGAAACUAUUCUGUGAAACGUGUGAUAGAUUGACGUGUAGAGACUGUCAACUUUUGGAGCACAAAGAACAUAGGUAUCAGUUUUUAGAAGAGGCUUUUCAAAAUCAGAAAGGUGCAAUUGAAAAUCUGUUGGCUAAGCUUCUUGAAAAGAAGAAUUAUGUUCAUUUUGCAGCUACACAAGUGCAGAAUAGGAUUAAAGAAGUAAAUGAGACUAACAAACGUGUAGAACAGGAAAUUAAAGUGGCCAUCUUCACCCUUAUCAAUGAAAUUAAUAAGAAAGGAAAAUCUCUCUUGCAACAGCUAGAGAAUGUUACAAAAGAAAGACAGAUGAAGUUACUACAGCAGCAGAAUGAUAUCACAGGCCUCUCCCGGCAGGUGAAGCAUGUUAUGAACUUUACAAACUGGGCCAUUGCAAGUGGCAGCAGCACGGCCCUACUUUAUAGCAAGCGUCUGAUUACUUUUCAGUUACGUCAUAUUUUGAAAGCCCGAUGUGAUCCUGUUCCUGCUGCCAAUGGAGCAAUUCGUUUCCAUUGUGAUCCCACCUUCUGGGCCAAAAAUGUAGUGAAUUUAGGUAAUCUAGUAAUAGAGAGUAAGCCAGCUCCUGGUUAUACUCCUAAUGUUGUAGUUGGGCAAGUUCCUCCAGGGACAAACCACAUUAGUAAAACCCCUGGACAGAUUAAUUUAGCACAGCUUCGACUCCAGCACAUGCAGCAACAAGUGUAUGCACAGAAACAUCAGCAGUUACAACAGAUGAGACUGCAGCAACCACCAGCUCCUAUACCAACAACAACAGCAACAACCCAGCAGCAUCCUAGGCAAGCAGCCCCACAGAUGUUACAACAACAGCCUCCAAGAUUGAUCAGUGUGCAAACAAUGCAAAGAGGCAACAUGAACUGUGGAGCAUUUCAAGCCCAUCAAAUGAGACUGGCUCAGAAUGCUGCCAGAAUACCAGGGAUCCCCAGGCACAGUGCCCCUCAGUAUUCCAUGAUGCAGCCACAUCUCCAAAGACAACAUUCAAAUCCAGGACAUGCUGGACCGUUUCCUGUUGUAUCAGCACACAACCCAAUCAACCCAACAAGUCCCACCACAGCAACUAUGGCAAAUGCAAAUCGAGGUCCCACCAGCCCGUCUGUUACAGCAAUAGAAUUAAUACCCUCAGUCACCAAUCCAGAAAACCUUCCAUCGUUGCCAGAUAUCCCACCUAUACAGUUGGAAGAUGCUGGCUCAAGUAGUUUAGAUAAUCUACUGAGUAGAUAUAUCUCAGGCAGUCAUCUACCCCCUCAGCCUACAAGUACCAUGAAUCCUUCCCCAGGACCCUCUGCGUUAUCACCUGGAUCUUCAGGCUUAUCCAAUUCUCACACACCUGUGAGACCCCCUAGCACGUCUAGUACUGGCAGUCGAGGCAGCUGCGGAUCAUCAGGAAGAACUGCUGAGAAAAGUGCUCAUAGUUUCAAGUCUGAUCAGGUGAAGGUCAAGCAGGAACCUGGGACUGAAGAAGAGAUAUGCAGCUUUUCAGGAGCUGUGAAACAAGAGAAGACAGAGGAUGGCAGGAGGAGUGCCUGUAUGUUGAGCAGUCCUGAGAGUAGUUUGACACCACCUCUUUCAACUAACCUUCACCUAGAGAGUGAGCUGGAUACAUUAACAGGCCUGGAGAACCACGUGAAGACUGAACCUACAGAUAUCAGUGAAAGCUGCAAACAGUCAGGACUCAGUAACCUAGUCAAUGGAAAGUCUCCAAUUCGAAACCUCAUGCACAGGUCGGCAAGGAUUGGAGGGGAUGGCAAUAGCAAAGAUGAUGACCCAAAUGAAGACUGGUGUGCCGUCUGCCAGAACGGAGGGGAUCUUUUGUGUUGUGAGAAAUGUCCGAAGGUCUUUCAUCUUACCUGUCAUGUUCCAACACUUCUCAGCUUUCCAAGUGGAGACUGGAUAUGCACAUUUUGCAGAGAUAUUGGGAAGCCAGAAGUUGAAUAUGAUUGUGAUAAUAUGCAGCAUAGUAAGAAGGGGAAAACUGCACAAGGCUUAAGCCCUGUGGACCAAAGGAAAUGUGAACGUCUUCUGCUUUACCUCUAUUGUCACGAAUUAAGUAUUGAAUUCCAGGAGCCUGUUCCUGUUUCGAUACCAAACUACUAUAAAAUUAUAAAGAAACCGAUGGAUUUAUCAACGGUGAAGAAGAAGCUUCAGAAAAAACAUUCCCAGCAUUACCAAAUCCCAGAUGACUUUGUGGCUGAUGUCCGUUUGAUCUUCAAGAACUGUGAAAGGUUUAAUGAAAUGAUGAAAGUUGUUCAAGUUUAUGCAGACACACAAGAGAUUAAUUUGAAGGGUGAUUCAGAAGUAGCUAAGGCAGGGAAAGCAGUUGCAUUGUACUUUGAAGAUAAACUCUCAGAGAUCUACUCAGACAGGACCUUCACUCCUUUGCCAGAGUUUGAGCAGGACGAAGAUGAUGGUGAAGUAACAGAAGACUCUGACGAAGAUUUUAUACAGCCUCGUAGAAAACGCCUAAAGUCAGACGAGAGACCAGUACAUAUAAAGUAAAAUGACUCGGACUUAAAUCGGUUGUUAAGAAGAAGGAAACAAAACAAAACACCCUUUUAUUUAAGUGUUGCUGGAAUAUCCUGUGUACAGUGGUUUUACCUCCUUACAGAAGCUGGUAGCUUUCAUACAGUAUUAGAUUGAAAUAAUGGAAACAGAAAACAUUCUUGUCAAGAAAAGGGGAGAGAACUCUGUUUGCAACUUUAAGAACAAAAUUAGAAGUGAAAAAAUUUGGGGAUUUGCUACAAAUGAAGACGGUUCUCUGGCUGUUAGAAAUGUAGAUGAUCAUGUCUGAUAAUUGGUGCAGGAUACUGAGUUGGGCAAGCCUGCGAGAUGUGUCUCUGCUGGAGCACACAGGUACUCAAGAUAACUUAAAAGCCUUCCCCUCCACAGAUACAAAUGGGUUGUUUUCUGGUUAAAAGUGAGUACAUGAGAUUCCACUUGAAUGUCACUAAAGAUGCAUUGAAUCAUGCCACUGCAUUUUCUCUCAUUUUGAUCUAUUUGGCCUUAGUUUUUAAGUUGGUUUAAAGAACUCAGCAGUAGUUUUAUUUUAUUCUUAGAUGUAGGGUCUAGGAACAUAACCAUUGAUCGUUUAGUCAACUUCGGUGGUGUACUAAAAUGAUGAUAACUUUUAGUAGUGGAUCAUACAGAUUUAUGGAAGUCAUUUCCAGAAAACCCUCCAAACAAUUACACUUACUGGUCAAAUCAUCUGAUCACGCAGUUAGUCAUUCCCCUGAAAGCAGGACAUUUAUUUCAGAAUUUUCUGUGUAGGUUAAUUAGAUUGAGAAGGUGACAACUUUAACCUAGUCUUCUUCAUACCAGUUUCCAGUAGACCACUAUUGGUAAACAGAAAUCUGUCAGCUACCAAAUGUGUACAAUUUUCUGUAUUUCACUUUGUCUUAUUUGUAAAUAGUGAGCUCAGACUUCUGGCAGAUCAGCAACAUUUGCUGAGCCUGUUUUUUAAGCUAAUGUGUAUUCUUACUAAUGUUCCUACCAAGAAUGGAUUUGUAAUAUAUGCUGUCUAUUUCUAAUGUUCACAUUCAUAUUUUGAGGUUCUAUCUUAUUUUAAUAGAGAACAGACGUCUCAAAAAAUCUUCAGAAGCAGCUUAUUAUUGAAAUAUCAAAAUACUGAAAUAAACCCGGUGGGGUUAGAUUACUCAUCUGUCCACCAAGUGGGACACGUGCAUGGACUGGGGGCUUUGAAUGACUUAGAAGAGACCUUUAAGUAAAUCCUGAGAACGAGCCAAUCCCCACUUGAAUGGUAAUUGGAACAAACCCAACCUUGUUACUACCUGACGGCAGGAGCCGACCUGCAGCAGACAGGUGUGCUCGCUCGGGUUUAUCUUCCUCCUCUGCGUUGUGACGCUCAGAUCAAGUGUGCUCUAGACUGUGUGCGCCUCUCCGCUGGAUUAAGAGUUGUAGUCCUACUUCUGUAUGGACACAGUAGAAUAUAAAGUGACCAAAGUAGAAUUCAACAUCAGAAACAUUUCAGGUGUCAGCAGAUGUGUGGCAAAUCAUUUGCCUCUCAAAAAGUUCAAAGUAAGGAGUUCAGACUGUAGACCUCCUCAGAAAGCUAUUUGACGUAAAUGUCGAAGAAGUGAAUAUUUUUAGUGUGCAUUGAAUCAAAUAAAGUGCUCUAAAGAAAUUAUUACACAGAUUCCUUUGGGUUGUUUUUUCUUAAGGGAUGUGGGUAAAGAGGAGGAGUAUUUAGGCCUUUUCAUACUGCACUUAAAAGAGCUUGAUCGUGUUAUUACCUCAUCUCCUGGCUUCCAUUUAGCUUCCCUUAUAAAUUAACCUUCAAAUCAUUUAUCAUUUUAUUGAAGUUUCAAGUUUGUUUUUUAGGAGGGGAAGAAAAUUUAUUUUUAAAAUGUUUUAUUUAUAUCUAUUUCUUUUCUUUGAUUUCCAUGAUUUGACUUUGUAAGUAAAUGAAUAUCUAAGGGUACAUUUUUGGCAAGUGGGGGCGCAGAGGUUUGACGUCAUUUCCUGACACUUCUGGGUUCCGGUGUUUUUUAUUUGCUUCUCAUGUGAGUCCUUUACAAACUUCUUAGCAGUAAAUUACAAACAAUCUCUGUUAAGUGGAGCAAACACAGAUUGUUAAGCAAAUGUUUCUCAAUAUUUGAAACCCUGAGAGAGCGUGUGUUCCAUAAAGGCAUUCUCAUGUUACUUGUUGUUUUGUUUCCCUUUAACACUAUCAAUUUAGAAGUUUCUCUCUGACAAGUGUUUAGGAAGCUCCGUUUUUGUUAGCAAAGGUAUCCUGCUGCUGAGGAAUAAAUUGCUAUCAACAAGAUGGUCACUUUAAACCCUUUUUGCACACUGAUCAUUGUGUUUUCUAGGCUGUCCAGCUUUAAAAUAAGUAUGACUAAAAAAUAGAAAAACUUAAUUCUUAUUCAAAUUAUCUCAUUUCCCUAUUUAUAUUUUUAAAAUACAAACACAGAAAUCUGUUGACUCCCAGAUGUGGGUAUGAUAUCCCCAUGUUAAUAAUCUUUGUUAGAACUUGUACCUUAGAUUUGGGGGGGAAAAGUCCACCUAUUGAUGAUCCCUUAAAAUCCUUCAAAGUUCUUGAUGAACUUAGGGUCAUUUUUCCAAUCAGAAAACUAAGAAUAAAUGUUCCUCAGCCUGCCCUGCUGGCCUUAAUUUACGUAUCAGCUUACGUAUCUCGGCGCUUGACUCUCCUGCUUGACUGAGUGAACAAACUGCUGUAUUGGGCACAGUGUUAGGGUCAGCUUAGAUCAUGGACCUUGUUCUAUAUGUAAACAUCAAACUCUUACCACAGAGCUAUGAUAAAGCAUUACAUCUCCGUUGGAAUCAAAGGGUUGCUUUUUCCCACUUCUGUUUCUUAUGAAGGACUUUAGGUCAUUAAAUGUCCGUUCUCAUUCUUUUAACAGGUUUGAGGUUUUUUUUUUUUAGUUAAUCCAAAGACAUAAUGCUUUAAAGUGUGCAAAUUAUAGUUUUAUCGAUUACCUCAGCAGGUAUCCUGCCAUGUAAUUAUUAGUGGUUUAAUGCUAGUAAGCUAACAGAUUCAGGUCUUCCGUCUAUGCCCUUAAGUUGUGGCUUACCACUUGUUUUUUCUAAAAUGUGGAUGGGGAAUAGAUGCUGUAGUCUCCUCUCCCUUAGCCUUUACAUCUGGUACCCAGCCUCAUUCACGUACACGUAAAGUAGCCAGCAUCAGAUUGGGUCAGUAAAUAGUUUUGUUAAUUAAAAAAAUUAAGAAGACAAAAGACUACCCUCCCUGAGUUGAAACAGCUUCUUUGAGUGAGCUGGGGAGAUGACAUGGGUAAAAAGCACGUGUUCCACAAGCAUGAGGCUCUAACUUUGAAUCCCCAGCACCUACAUACAGGUGGGUGCAGUAGUGUGUAUCUGUAAGCCCGGGGCUCCCACGGAAAGGUAGGCAGAGGUAGUCUCCAGAAGCCCAUUGGCCAGCUAGCCUGGCCUACUCAGUGCUGAGUCCCCGAAGUUGUUCUCUGACCUGCACCCUAGCACAUGCGCCCUCACACACAACAUACACCCUGGUGUACAUGCCAUCACACAACUUGUGAGUAUAUACACCACACAUGUGCCCUCAAAACGUACAAGUGGAUACACCAUUUUUGCCUCCUUACUAAUUAUCUGCUGAAGGUGUUUAAGAUUUUUAAAGUGUAUUGAAGUUGGAUCAUAAACCUAACCUAGACGUUAACUUGUUUCUCUCAGUUAAUACUUCCUUGAUAAAGCAAUAACACUGCUUCGAGUCUGUUGCCUAGUAAAUAGCAUGUCAUGAUCCUUCCGGAUGGUGAUUUUAUAGGAAAGUUUGUAUGCACAUCACCCAAUCUAUCUUUUAAAAAAAAUUAAGAAAUUUAAAUGUAUGCUGGAAGUAAUGACCCUAUAUUGUGGCAUUUUAUUUUAAAAAAUUGGGGAAAAUUGCAUAUUUUUUUAAAAGUAGCUGUUUGAGUAAAAAAAAAACUGAAGGUACUUUUUUAAGGAAAAAAUUUAUAUGCCACAGUUUACAUAGACAUUUCCAAUAUCAGCAUUUACUCUUGGAUACAAUGGCUUCUUUACUUGGCUAAAUGCAUGUUUUCUUUGGUCAAAAGUGCAUCUCUGAGAUCUUAGUUACUUAUGUUUCCUUACAUUAUCCUUCAUAUAUUUUUAUUGUAUCUAGAAACAAUUAUCUUUAAAAAAUAAGCUGGGCAUAUUUGUCAAACUACAGAAUGUAUAGAAUCAAGGUUAUCCCUUUUCUAGCAAGUGUUAUUUAAAACUGAAAAUGAUACUUGUUACAUUCAAGAGAUUUCUACGAAGGCACCAAAAUGAUUUUUAAAUGUCACAAUGCUCCAUUUGUGGCUAAAUUUCAUUGUUUAGAAUGCCUGCUCCUGCUCUGAAAAAUGUAGGCAUUUACUAUGCUUUAACGCAGUGAGUGAUAGAUGCACACCUGUAAUAUGAGGUGUGCGCAAUUAGAAAGCCUGUUGAUUUUCUACGUGGACAUAUACCUACACACAAAGGAUUAAACUCACAGCCUUACGAGUUCCUUGCUUCCAGGAUUUCAACUGGUCUCCCCUCAUUACUACUAUUUUUGCACAUAGUUAAACUACCCUUCAGAAUGGUUCUUUAAAAGUGCUGUUUCUGUGGUAUUGUAUUCUCUAAAUGAUCAUAUUUAAUUUUUUAAACAAGGUUACAAUUUCUAAUUGUUCUGUUCCUGUGUUUUUUGCUGAGUGUAAUAAAAGCAAAUUUUUUCUUUUUAUGGUUAUUUAAUACAUUAGCUGCCUGUAAAUAAUUCUUGUUACAAUGCUCUGGAAUGUGUUGUAGAAGUUGUACUAGAUUAGUUUGAAGCCUUGUUUAAAACCCACAUUGUUUUGGCUAUUUCUAUUAAAUCUAGAAAAUUGGCAAAAGUUUUCAA